AUGUCCGGCCUCUUUGAAGGUGAACUGGACUCCCUCAUCUCCCUCUGGUUACUACGCACUUCUUCAUCAGUUGUCAAUGGCUCAGAUGGGAAGUCUUCUUGUGAUUCAAAAUCUGUUUAUGUGGGAAACAUUCCACCAAAUAUUUCAUCAUCUGACCUUGAGCAAGAGUUCAGAAAGUUUGGUAGAAUAACGCUUGAUGGUGAUGGUGGAUUUUGCUAUGCAUUUGUAGAAUUCGAAGACGUUGUUGGUGUUCAGAAUGCGUUGAAGUUUCUAUCUGAGACACUUUCAAUAUUUGCUCGCGGAAAAGAAGGAAAGGGAUAUCGGGUAUAUCUCGCGCGAUCUCAGCAAAGGAGAGCGAAUGAGAGGACCAGCGAGCGGGCGAUCUCAGCAAAGGAGAGCGAAGGAGAGGGGAGGAUCGGCGAGCCGAGGGAUCUGACAGGCCAUCUCAGCGAAAGAGAGGAUCGACGAGCCAAAGGAUCUGCCAGGUGA